AUGAAAGCUGACUUAUUCGUUGGUCAAAAUGUCGAAACGGAAAAGGUUCCUGAAAAUAAAUUUAACAUAAAUACGGAUAUAAUUAUUCACAAAAUAAAAAAAAAUAUAUUUAAAAAGAAAAAAAAUGGACAUAAUUUAAAUAUAGAUUUAUUAUCAAACAAUAAAGAAACAUUAUUAUCUAAAGAUUUUCCAAAUCUCAAAAAUAUUAAAAAUAAAAAAAUAAAAAAAAAACUAUCAACCGAUGUUAAACUUGCAAUAUUAUCAUCAAAAAAAAUUAUAACAAAUGCUCAAUUUAAUAACAUAAAUGACCAGGGUUAUAUUAAAUUGGCUACCCAUAAAAAUGCCGAAAAAAAAAAUGCCGAAAAAAAAGAUGUUGAAAAAAAAGAUGUCGAAAAAAAAGAUGUCGAAAAAAAUGACCCAAAUGAAAGCCUUAUUAACUUAAGCAAACAAAAGGGAGAGUUAAGGAUAGUAGAAUCUAAAACAUUAAACAAUGAAAAUAAUUUCCAAAAUGAUUCGAUAAAAAUUAGUCAAAAAUAUAUAUAUGAACAUGCAGAUGUAGGAACACAAAAAAAAGUUUUUGAUUUACAUUUAAAUUUAGGUCCUUAUAAAUGCAAUUAUUCUAGAAAUGGAAAAUAUCUAUUAGUAACAGGAGAAAAAGGACAUAUCAGUUUGUUAGAUACUCAUAAUAUGGAAUCAUUGUGUGAAUUAAAUGUAAAUGAAACAGUUAGAUGUAAUACAACUUUUCACAAUCAUAAGCUUUUUGCAAUUGGACAAAAAAAAUAUAUUUAUAUUUAUGAUAAUACUGGAAUUGAAGUAAAUUGUAUAAAAGAUAUUUUAUAUCCAUGUCAAUUAGAAUUCUUACCAUAUCAUUUUUUACUUGCAUCUAUUGGUGAUUUAGGAGAAUUAGUAUAUCAGGAUAUAUCUGUUGGUAAUAUUAUCACAAGAAAAAAAACAAAAAGAGGGCCUUGUUCUAUAAUGAAACAAAAUAAACAAAAUGCAAUUAUAUAUUUAGGACAUAGAAAUGGGCAUGUUACAUUAUGGUCACCAAAUAUGGAUAAAAGCUUAUGUGAUAUAUUUGCUCAUAAGACGCCUAUAUCAUCUAUUGGUGUGUUUGACAAUUAUUUAAUUACAGCUUCUAUUGAUUGUACAUAUAAAUUAUGGGAUAUUAGAAAACUUGAAUAUAUAAAAUCUUUUAAAUCACAUAAUAUUAUAAACAAUAUAGAUAUUAGUGAUACAUCUAUGGUUGCAUUUUCCAUGAAUAGUCAUUUUAGAACAUAUAAAAAUUUUUUUACAAAACCUGAAUUAUAUUUAACACAUAAUACAGGAGGUGAUAAAAUAAAUUCAAUAGCUUUCCAACCAUUUGAAGAUAUAUGCUGUGCAGGUUUAAAGUAUUCUAUUAAAUCUUUUAUCGUUCCUGGAUCUGGGCUAGCUAAUAUAGAUACAUUUGUUAAUAACCCAUAUGAAACUAAAAAACAAAUUAAAGAAAAUGAAAUUAGGCAAUUACUUGAUAAAUUGCCACCUGAAACAAUUCAAUUCAAACCAAAUGAAAUCGGAAAAAUGAAUCCUUAUAUUUCCCAUGAUAAUAUCAAACAAAAUAUUCUAUCUGAACACAUUACUACUGUACGCUCAAAAAAUAAAAAUGCCUCACUUACCAAACAUCAAAAACAACAAAAUGGAAACAAAUCUAACCAUAUCCCAAAUAACAAAAAAAAGGGAAAAAAAAAAGGAAAAAAAAAUAUAAAAAAAAAUGAUAAUAAAAUGGUAAAAAAUAAAACGUGA